AUGAAUACUUGCCUAUUAUGCCAAGAUAUUUGCUGCCCAGAACACUGCUGUAAUUGAGACGAAUGCACUUGUGGCGACUGCGAUAUGUGCACUCCUCAUUCUGAAACUCAGCCUACACAAACUCAAGCAGAGACCCAGAUUCCAGCCCAAUACAAUGAUAAUGCAAAGAUCAUUCUUAUAGGCAAAAACAAAGAAUCUGAGCCAGUCAAAGAAAAAACUCGGACUUCAAGCGAGCUUGGUUUCGCAUCUUUGCAGAAUAAAGAAGAAUACGUGUUUAAGGCUGAAGAAACAAAAGAAGAGAGAAAAUCAUUACCUAAUAAAUUGGUUGAGGAAGAAAAAAGCGAGAUAGAAGAUAUGUAUGAUAUCGAUUUAAUAAGAAAGGCAGCAGGUGGUGGAAUUCAUGGCAUUCGAUAUUUAAAAAAGAAAUUGUCAUCUUAA